UCUGCCGCUCCUGGUGCUGCUUGUGUGCUCAUUUGGUGCGGACCUGGUACCUCUUUUGUGAAGUGGCAGCUGAGGAGACUUCGGCGCUCGCCAUGGCCGACAAAAAGCCCAACGAAGGAGUCAAGUCGGAGAACAACGAUCAUAUUAAUUUGAAGGUGGCGGGGCAGGAUGGUGCUGUGGUGCAGUUUAAGAUUAAGAGGCAUACACCACUUAGUAAACUAAUGAAAGCCUAUUGUAAACAACAGGGAUUGUCAAUGAGGCAGAUCAGAUUCCGAUUCGACGGGCAACCAAUCAAGGAAACAGGCACACCUGCACAGUUGGAAAUGGAGGAUGAAGAUACAAUUGAUGUGUUCCAACAGCAGACGGGAGGUGUCUACUGAAAAGGGAACCUGCUUCUUUACUCCAGAACUGUUUUUUAAAGACCAAGAUUACAUUCUCAAUUAGAAAACUGCAAUUUGGUUCCACCACAUCCUGACUACUACCAUAUAGUUUUCUCUGUUCUUUCAUUUCCCCCUUCCCCAUUCCUUUAUUG